CACAUUUUAUUUUAAUUGCGUAGCUCUUUAUACACCACCUUGAUCCGCUAGACGUACGUUUCGAAUUUACUAAAAAUAAACUCAAAGGCAUUUGUUUUAUUAAAUUUUAUUGUAUUUAGAAGACAAUCCGCGUUUGAACGUUACUAUGGUAACGAAACGAACACGUUAGCUGACUGCAUCCGCGAAGAAAAUAUAGCUGGUUGUUGCUGUCCCAGAAUAUCUUCAGAAAUGGAAGAGCGCUUCGCCUUUCUGGCUGAAUGGUACGACCCCAGCGCCUCCCUCCUGCGCCGCUACCAGCUGCUCUUCUACCCCAGAGACGGCUCCGUCGAGAUGUUUGAUAUGAAAAACCAACGCAUCUUUUUAAGACGGACGAGGUAUGAGGAGUUGAAGAAGGAGGAUCUCUUCGUGGGCAACCGGGUGAAUGUCUUCUCCCGUCAGCUCAGUCUGAUUGGCUAUGGGGACCAGUACACUGCCAGCAAGCUAGGCUGCAAGAAAGAGAGAACUCUCGCUAUGAUAAAGCCAGAUGCUGUGACCAAGAUUGGUGACAUCAUCCAGAUGAUUUACAGUGAAAACCUGCUCGUAACAAAAGCCAAGAUGACAAAGCUAUCGUGGAAGCAGGCAGCGGACUUUUACUCUGAACACCAGUCAAAGCCUUUCUUCAAUAACCUUGUCCAGUUUGUGACCUCCGGGCCGGUCGUUGCCAUGGAGGUCAUGGGCGACGAGGCGGUGUCGGCCUGGCGGAAGGUCCUGGGCCCGACGGACUCCGCCGCGGCUCGCUCCGACGCGCCGCGCAGCCUGCGGGCCCAGCUCGGCACGGACGGCACCAAGAACGCCGCCCACGGCUCCGACUCGCUGGCGUCGGCGGCGAGGGAGUUGGAGUUUUUCUUCCCCUCUACCACGAGCGGUGGCCCCCCCAGCACGGCAAAGUGUGCGGACUGCACGUGCUGCAUCAUCAAGCCGCACGCCAUCUCAGAAGGUCUGACCGGGAAGAUCCUCUCCUCCAUCUCUCAGGCAGGGUUUGAGAUCUCAGCCCUGCAGAUGUUCAAUCUGGAUCAAGCCAACGCUGAAGAAUUCUUGGAAGUUUACAAAGGAGUUGUGGAUGAAUACACUGGCCUGGUGUCGGAGCUCUGCUCUGGACCCUGCAUGGCGCUGGAGAUCCGAGGAGCCCAGCCUUCCAGGACGUUUCGGGAGUACUGCGGCCCUGCAGACCCUGAACUUGCACGUCACCUCCGACCCACCACCUUGCGUGCCCAGUUUGGCAAAAACAAAGUACAGAACGCAGUCCACUGUACAGACCUUCCUGAAGAUGGCAUAUUGGAGGUACAGUAUUUCUUCAAGAUAUUGGAUGGAUGAGUUUUUUUGUGCAUAUAAAUAAAAUGGCAAUGACAAAUCA